AGAUGUUUCGAGGUCGGCCCCAGAGCGACUGAUGGGUGGGGUGGAGUAACGUCACUUCCGGUUUUCUAAGUUGAGCUGAACCUGGGUAUCUUCAUCCGUCAGCAGUGGGGAGAGAGGGCAGGGCUGUUCACCCUGGGCCCUAGUGUCGCGAGAGCUGCAAGUGUUCCUGGUGGGGCGGGUCGGGGCUGGCUGCUGGCUGCCCAGAAGCUCUGCCUGCUCCCCAGGUGCCUGCCUUUCAUCCCGAGGGAGUGAGCCCAGGAGACCAGGCAAUGGCAGCUGUUUUCCCAAUGACAGCCAGGGGUCAGGAGUCUCUGACCUUCGAGGAUGUGGCUGUGUAUUUCACGAGGAAGGAAUGGAAACAUCUGGACUCUUGCCAGAAGGACCUCUAUAGGAAUGUGAUGCUGGAGAAUUAUGGGAAUAUGACAUUGCUGAAAUUCUCAGUCUCCAAACCUGAGCUGAUCUCCCAGCUGGAGCGAGGGGAAGAACCAUGGGUUCUGGAUCUACAAGGGACUGAGGACCAAGACACCCCAAAAGGCUUUAACUCAGAUUCCAAAAUAAAGACUGAGAACAAACAGUCUGAUGAAAAAGAGGAAAUUUUAGAAGAUGAACAAUUCCAUGAGACAAUCUUGGGAAUUUUCCUAAGGGAUAUUCCUCAGGAACCUGAUUUUGGAGAAGAUUGGGAAUCUAAGAGACUUCUGCAGAGACGGAGAAACCAUGUAGAGAUUUCAAAGAAAUCCUUUUCCCAAGAGAGAGAUUGGAAAGUGCUGAUGACCCGCAAAAACCCUCCUAUAGGAGAGCAGACUCAAGAAUGUAAGGAAUUUGGGAGAAAUUUCCUUGUUAUACAAAAAAGCAAUACUGUAGGAGACAGAACCCAUAGAUGUGAUACCUGUGGGAAAAGGUUUAAAUACAAUUCUGAUCUUAUCCAACAUCAGAAAAUUCAUACUGGAGAAAAACCUUAUGUGUGUGAUAAAUGUGGGAAAAACUUUGGUCGUAGCUCACAGCUCCUUCGACACCAGAGAACUCACACCGGAGAAAAACCUUAUAAAUGUAAUAAAUGUUCCAAAGGCUUCAGUAGGAACUCAAAUCUUAUUCAGCAUCUAAGAAUUCACACUGGAGAGAAACCCUAUGAAUGUAAUGACUGUGGAAAAGGCUUCAAUUGCAGCUCACAUCUUGCCCAGCAUCAGAGGAUCCAUACAGGAGAGAAACCUUUCAGAUGUCAUGAAUGUGGGAAAGGCUUCAGUUCGAGCUCCCAUCUUACCCAGCAUCAAAGAAUCCAUACAGGUGAGAAACCCUAUGGAUGUGAGGAGUGUGGCAAAGCCUUCAGUCAGAGCUCACACCUUAUUCUACACCAGAGAAUUCAUACUGGAGAGAAACCCUAUGAAUGUAGCGAAUGUGGGAAAGGCUUCAUUUGUAGUUCACAUCUUGCUCAACAUCAGAGAAUUCAUACUGGAGAAAAACCUUAUGGUUGUGAAGAAUGUGGUAAAACUUUUUGCUUGAAUUCACGACUUACUCAACAUCAAAGAAUUCACAGUAUUGAAGAGAAACUCUAUAAAUGUAAUGAAUGUGGCAAAGCCUUCAGUCAGAGUUCACACCUUAUUCAGCAUAAGAGAAUCCAUACAGGGGAGAAACUCUAUGGGUGUGUUCAGUGUGGGAAAGCCUUCAGUCGAAGCUCAAACCUUAUUCGGCACCAGAUAACUCACACUGGACAGAAGUCCUAUAAAGGUCAACACUGUGGAAAAACUUUUAUUCAGGCCUCUCAACUUAAAACCUAUCAGAGAGUUCACACAAAAAAAUUCACAGUAGUAGAAAAAGUUGAGCCAUGACUGAAAAUAUGUUGUGAGAGUUCACUCUACUCACUAUGAAAGAAGCAGCAUGGUGUGUGUGUGGGGGAGUGUUGGACUUGGAGGCAGAUGAGACCCAAAUUCAAGUCCCACCGGGGACAAGUGCUAGUUCUCUAACCAUAGGAAAGUCACUUGACCUCUCCGGCCCACCUUCAUCAUCCUUCAAAAAAUGGGGGCAUUAUUAUCAUUAGUACUUACUAAACAAGGUUUUUUGUGAGGAUCCCAUGAGAUACGGUUAUGUAAGGCACUUGGCAAACUUUAAAUCACUCUAGAAAUAUCAGUUAACAUUAUUAUUACAAGAGAAUUAAUAGAUUCAUGGAAACUGACUUAUGGUACUUUAGAGGUCACCUUGUCAGCUCCCUCAUUCAACACAUAAAAGAAAUAUCAUGAGUAUAGUGAAUACAGGCAAGCCCUCACUGAUUAUUUCAGCCUUUAUUCAGUAACAUUGUGAUUGCAGCAGCAAGUAAUCCAGGGAAUAUAAUAAAUGUGGGAAAAAUUUAGUCAGCCUUGGCAAAUCUACAUACAUUUAAAUGCUUAUUGUAUUGAAUUGAAUCGAAUCAUAGCAAUCUGGAGCUUUCAGAGUGGUAAAGGCCUUAAUGUAUAAUUCAGUCCUGGCUAGUGAGUAUCAAAGCCAGGAGUCUUCCUUGGGGUUGGGACUCAGUUCUUGAUAUCAAGUCCAGUGUUCUUUUCAUACUCUGCAGUACCACCUCUCUUGGAGUAGUUCUUGUGUUGUUUUGAAAAUUGAAACCAAAAAUAAUAAAAUAAAAUAUUGUUAUUUCAGGC